CGUGGGUGCGGACAUGGAGGCGGCGGAGCUGCGGGUCGGGUUCGUGGGCGCCGGGCGGAUGGCGGGCGGCGUGGCGCGGGGGCUGCUGCUGGCAGGAAGGGUGCCAGCCGGCAACAUCCUGGCCAGCGCACCCUCGGACAGAAACCUGGGCACUUUCCGGGAGUCCGGCUGCCGAACGACGCACUGCAACCUGGAGGUGCUGCAGGACAGCACCCUGGUGUUCCUGGCCACCAAGCCCCACGUCCUGCCGGGCGUCCUGCAGGAGAUCCGGCCCGCCGUCUGCCCGCACCACAUCAUCGUCUCGCUGGCGGCCGGCGUCACCCUCCAGACCCUGCAGCAGCUGCUCCCUGCGGGGACUAAGGUGCUGCGGCUCAUGCCCAACCUGCCGUGCGUGGUGCAGGCAGGGGCGAUGGUGUUCUCCCGGGGCGAUGGAGCCGGCGAGCCGGAGGCUGCCCUGCUCAAGAGCCUGCUCUCCUCCUGCGGGCUCUGCGAGGAGGUGCCCGAGUCCUACAUCAACAUCCACACGGGCCUCAGCGGCAGCGGGGUGGCCUACGUGUACCUGUUCGCCGAAGCCCUGGCCGAGGGAGCUGUGAAGAUGGGCAUGCCAGGCCCCUUAGCCAGCCGGAUCGCGGCCCAGACACUGCUGGGUGCGGCAAAGAUGAUGCUGGAGACGGGGGAGCACCCGGCGAAGCUGCGCGGCGACGUCUGCACGCCCGGAGGCACCACCAUCCACGCGCUGCACCAGCUGGAGAAGGGCGCGCUGCGGGCCACCGUCAUGAGCGCCGUGGAGGCUGCCACCAACCGGGCCUGCAACAUGGGCAAGGACUAGCAGCCCGGCUCCAGGCCGCGGCCCUCCGUCCUCCACGGGGCAGGAGGCGCAGUGGGGACCGCGACUCUCCCUGCUGGGGGUUGUCCUCAUGCCAAGGUGCCCCCGGAUAAAACCCCUUCUGGGAGCCGGGGGAGGCUGGGGAGAGCCGGACUCCUCCAGGAGACCCUGGCCGGAGGUGGGACAUGUCCACACGCAUGUCCAUGCUGUACGCUCCCCCUCUGCAGGGUCAGGACCUAAUAAACAGUACGGGCAGCAUGA